AAAGCUUCAAACUCGUUCUUGCAGGAGGAAGAAGGUGAUUUUAAUUUCGCGAGACAAUGACGGAGAGACUGGUCUUGAUUUUGGCGUGCUUGGCUCUUUUUGUGGCCGGCGCCGCCACUCACAGGCGCACAAGCAGGGACGACAAACAAGCCGCUCAAAUCUCUGCCAACGACAAAGAAGAGGGAACUGAGAAAUCCGUAGAGCUGCGAGGGGGAACCCAAAUCAUCGAUGCGCCAGAAAGCAUUAUUAAAGAACCAAAGCCGGAAUCGUGCUCCUCAGAAUCCAGCAGUUCCUCAAGCUCCAGCAGCAGCUCUGAUUCAAGCAGUUCCUCCUGUUCCCACCAUCGGCAUCGACACUCGUCCAGCAGCUCAAGCAGUUCGAGUAGUUCCAGUAGUUCUGAAGAGGAACCCUGCGCCGCCAGCACCCCAGAUUCAAAACCGUGUGAUGCCCAAUAAUUCCAGCUUGAAAAAAGAUGUAAAAUAAAAAAACGUCUGGUUCGCAUUUGAAAAUAACGCGGUC